AUGGUCGCUAAAAAGGGAAAACAGCAACAGGAACAAGCCCAAGUUUCACUAGGGCCUCAAGUUAGAGAAGGAGAAAUUGUUUUCGGAGUGGCUCAUAUUUUUGCAAGUUUUAACGAUACGUUUGUACAUGUUACGGAUUUAUCUGGUAGAGAAACUAUUGCUAGGGUUACGGGAGGUAUGAAAGUUAAAGCUGAUCGUGAUGAAGCUUCUCCAUAUGCGGCUAUGUUAGCAGCACAAGACGUAGCUGAAAAAUGUAAAUCAUUGGGAAUAACUGCCUUGCAUAUUAAAUUAAGAGCAACUGGUGGAAACAAAUCAAAAACUCCUGGACCAGGAGCUCAAUCAGCUCUAAGAGCUUUGGCUCGUUCUUCAAUGAAAAUUGGAAGAAUUGAAGAUGUUACUCCAAUUCCAUCUGAUUCUACCAGAAGAAAGGGUGGAAGAAGGGGUAGGCGUUUUACUUUAACUAAAUGUGCUUUACAACUGAUGUCAGCCAAAAUUUCUUUUGGAUGUUUCAUAGAUUUGUUAUUAAUAAAUCAAAACUAA